AUGGAAAAAGAGAAUUUAAAAAAUUUUAGUAUAAUAGAUAAUAGAGGUACUGAUAACCCAAUUAAUUCAUCAUGUGAUAAUAUAAUUGAUAAGAAUGGUAAUAUAAUAUAUAAAUGUUACAAUAAUAUUUAUAAAUUAACAUAUAGACAUAUUUAUAAAUAUAAAAGAAUAACUACAAUUAGUACUGAUGUAAUAUAUGAUAAAAAUUAUAAUUCAUAUACUCCCUUAUAUCAUUAUUAUUAUGAUGAUGUAAAUAAGAAAGAGAAUUUAGAUGAAAAAAAAGAUUAUGAUGACACAGAUGAAAUAACUUAUUAUGAAAAAAGCACUAAACAAGUAUGCUUAAAAUAUGAUUUGCAUGAAUUACUAUUGUUACGUUUUUUAAAUUAUGAUUUCGAAAAUGAUUCUGAUGAAAUAUUAAAUAAAAAUUGCUUUUUGAAAGAAAGAAAAUUUUCAAAAUGCAUUUCAGGAAAAUUUCUUAAAGAUAGAAAUAAUACUAAUACAUUGACUAAUUCCACUACUACUAACAAUAAUAGUAAUAUCACCAAUAACAAUAUAACUAAUAAUAUUAGAAUACGAAAUACAUAUACUGAUGAUAAUUCUCAAGUUAGGAACCAUAGUUAUUCUUUAAAUUCUGUAAAUAAUUUAAAUACGAAAAUUUUUAAAAAUUUAGAUGAUAAAUGUUAUAAUCUACCAGUUAAUAAUAUAUACAUUGAUAAAGAAGGAAAAAUGCAUUUAACUGGGCAAGAUUUCUAUAAUUCAAAUAAUAAUUUUAAUAAUAAAAUCCUAUCAAAUAAAUAUGAUAGAAGUUUAAAUUUUCCAAAAAAAGAAAAAGAUCUCUUAAUGGAUUUUGAAUAUAGUGAUAAAAUAAAUGUAAGAAAAAAUAAUUCUGAAAAAUAUUGGGAUAAUCCAUCACAUUAUCCAAAGAAAAAUAACUAUGAUAUAUUUACCUUAGGUGAUAUAAAAAAAUAUUCAAAAAAUAAUGAGAAACAAAAAAAUAACUUAAACCUGAAUGAUAACAGUUAUAGCAUAUUUAAAGAUAAUGAAGAAGAAAAUUUAACCAAAAGUAAUUUUGCAAAAUGGUUUAAGAACAAUAAUAUUAACGUUAAUGAAAAUAUAGAUAUAUUAAAAUAUUUAAGUAAUAAAAAUAUGCAAUCAGAUACUGAUUUAAAGAGUAACCAAAAAUCUUUUAACAUUAAUAGAAACUAUGAAAAUGACAUUUAUAAUAAAAAUGGUAAUUCUUUUAAUAUAGAUAUAACUAAUACAGGAAGCAAUGAAGAAAAAAUUAGUAAUACAGUUGCUGAACUCUUAAUAAAGCAAAUAUCCAUGUUAAAAGAGCGAAAAAGUAUGGAUAAUUUAGAAAAAAGAAAUUCUCUUGGUUUUUUUGAUACCAACUGCCAAAGUAGUAGUAGCAUUAACAUUGAUAAAAAUAAUUUAACAGAAAAAGAAUUAUAUUCAAAAGAAGCAGGGAAAAAAAUAUUAGAAAUUUUUAAAGCGUUUAAUUCUAAUAGUUUGCCACAAGAGCAACUAGAGCAACAACAAUCUUACAUUAAUAAUUUAAACACAAAUUAUUAUAAUGGAAAUAAUAAAUAUUAUUCUAUGGAUAAUAUUACAUAUAAAAAAAAUUUUAUAGAUAACUAUAUGAAUGAUGGAAAUAAUAUAGAUCAUUUAAUUAUGCAUAAAAAAUCAUUGAAGAACAAAGAUAUUUUAAAUAAUUAUAAUUUACAAGACAACUGUAAAUCCUCACUGAAUCUGAAUUCAUUUAAUAAUUAUAAUAAUAUAAAUAGUUCUAAUAUAGAUAAUUAUGCACAUUCUUAUAAUAAUUUUGAUUCAUUUAAAAAUAAAAAUGCUGCUCAGUGUAAUAUUAAUAUUACACCUAUAAUAAAUUCAUUAUUACGUUUAGAUAAUGAAUAUGAAUAUAAUGAUAAUAAAAUUCCUUCAAAUUCUAGUAAUUACAUAUCUGAAAGUAUACAAAACGCUAAAGUUAAUAAUGUUUUGGAUUCCUUAAAAUCAUUAUUAAAAGCUUCGAAGAAUCAAAAUAAUAAAACUUUUAAUACUUCAAAAAAUUUUAAUCAAAAUAAUAAAUAUAUAAAUUAUCAUUCUCAGCAGUAUUAUCCGUCACAACCUAUUCAACAACAUCGUUCCUCUUUUAAUGAUUUUAACAAAAAAAAAUUUCAGAAAAAAGAUAAAUUUAAUAUGAGAUAUCCUGAAUCAGAUAUGACUACUAAUGAAACAUUAAUGGCACUUAAAAGUUUAAUUCAAAAUCAAAAUGAAAUAAAAAAAUAA